AUGUCUAAAAUCGCCAUCAUCUUUGGGUCAGGCGCGCGAAUCGGUCAAGCAAGCACCAACAAGCUCCUAUCAGCCGGGUAUAAGGUCGCUACCGUUUCACGAACACCAAAGCACACUUCGAGCGAAGACCUCACGCACCUCACAGCGGAUCUCAGUGACCCCUCCAGCAUUGAGCCGAUCUUUGACCAGGUUCAGCGAAGAUGGGGUGCUCCCAGCAUUGUCGUAUACAAUGCCGCUAGCAUGUAUGCUACGGGUGAGAACCCUUUGUCCGCACCGAUCGAUGAGUUCACAAAAGUCAUCAACGCGAACACCCUGUCAGCUUACGCAGCGGCAGCCGCUGGAUAUAAGCGAAACAACAAUGUGGCCUUCUUCUUCACCGGCAACGCUCUGAACAGCAUGGUCAUGACGCGACUGGUGACUGCGGGGGUCGGUAAAGCCGCUAGUGCGCACUGGAUCGAAGCGGCAGCCAAGGCAGAACAGCUCAGACCUGCCAGGUUUUACUACGUCGAUCAACGUAACCCAGAGGGUGGACCAGCUAUGAACGCUGUCAAUGGAGAAGCGCAUGCUGAUUUGUUUCUUAAGCUCGCAGAGCAAGAAGAGCAAGGUGAACCAAUCGUGGUAUUCCGGGCGUAA